AUGAAGAGAGUUGAGAUUUCCAACAUAUUGGCAAUGGCUCUAACAUUUUUGGCAAUAGUGCCAAAGAUUGAGUGUCAAGUAAGACCUACUGGACUAACAAAUCCACGCCCACUUUGUCCUUCUCAGUUUGCACUAGUAAACUACGCAUGUGGAAGGUUACCAUUCAGACCGGGGGCACCACCUGGGCCUCCGCCUGCACCUCCAUCACCUGAUGAUGAUGGCGGUGACGAUGAUGGUGCCAAUGACGAGGGAUACGGAAACAACCACCACGAACACGAGCACAGGCACGGACAUGGACACAGUCACAGACAUGGACACAAGCAUAGGCAUCACCUGACCCAAGAGGAAGAAAAUUGUUGCCGAUGGGCUAGAGAAGUGGACAGCCAAUGUGUUUGCGAACUUCUUGUUCGUUUGCCACCAUUCCUGAUUAGGCCUUUGCAUAUCUACACACUCACCAUUGGUGAAGACUGUCAAAUCACUUACUCCUGUGGUGGCCCAAUCUGA